UAGGGUUGAAGGUAACCUCAAAUUAUUAAUAAUUCAAUAACAAGAUAAUUUAGGUGAAAUUUUGUGUUCGACAUUUAUAAACUUAUUGAUUAUGGAAGAUACUUUUAAUUUUCCUGCUAAUCAAAUAAUUAAACAUGGAGAUUAUAUUAUCAUACAAAGGCAAGAUUACACAAAAUUACACAAGUUUACUACUGGUGAUAGUACAUCAAUGCUAGGAAAAGAUCAAAUAAAACUGCAAAAUAUAAACGGUUUUCCAUAUUUUUCGUCGUUCAAAAUGAUACCCAAAGAUAAAAAAAAAAGAAUUUAUACUUUGGAGCAUUGCAAAAAUAUUCAUGAUUUAAAAGAAGGGUUUCUUGAUAGGAAAUCAGGCGCUGACAAUCGAAAUAUACGAGAUGAUGGGCAGUCACAAACAUUGAGUACUGAAGACAUAUCUCGUUUAAAAGAAAAUGAUUGUAGUAGCACAGAAAUUGUGUCUCAAUUAAUAGAGAACUCUAAAACUUUUGCAAGCAAAACUGAAUAUUCACAGGAAAAAUAUAUUAAGAAAAAAGAAAAAAAGUAUUUUGAAUAUUUGCUAAUUCGCAAACCUACUAUUCGCUUGAUUACUGAAAUAUUUUAUAGACAAGAUCCUUCUAAAGUUUUAGGUUUAAGAAAUGAUUCAUUAGCUCAACUACUAUGCUAUGCAAAUAUUAAUAGUUUGGGAUCUUUUCUUUUAUAUGAGUCAGGUACAAAUGGUUUAUUACCGGCUGCUAUUAUGAGUUUAAUUGGUGAGAAUACUACUGGUGCAUUAAUACAUAUGCAUCCUGGAAACUUGCCUCAACAGCAAGGAAUAUUAGCUUUAAAUUUAUCAGAGGAGCAAAGAGCACGAUGUGUAUCUGUAAAUAUUUAUUCAGUACUCAGACAUUAUUAUCAAAGCUAUUUGCCAGCAAAUUUAGAAACUGUAGGUAAAAAAAAAAGAAAGUUAUCUGGUGAUUUACUAGUAGAAAGUAUUGAACAAACUUCAACGAAAAAAAUCAAAACGGGAGUUGAAAAUGAAAAUAUUUCGAAUGGUGCAGAAGCAACUUUGGCAGAAAUCGGUAUUAGAGAGAAGAGUCCUCUAGAACAACAACCAUGGCAAAUAGCAAAUGCCAAGGCUUGUGAAUAUUUAAACAAAGGCUUGGACAGUUUGGUAGUAGUUGCGAAGGAGCACCCAUCAAAUAUUGUUAGAGGAUUGCUACCAUUUACAAGAAACUCGGCACCUAUUGCCAUUUUUUCAGUUUCCAGAGAACCGCUUAUCAAUCUGUAUAGUGAAUUAAAACAAGAAGGAUAUGUCACUGGCAUAAAGAUUACAAGCAAUUGGAUGAGAACUUAUCAGGUAUUGGCGAAUCGUACACAUCCUGAUGUAAAUAUGAAUGCAACCAGUGGAUUUUUAUUAACAGGAUGGAAAGUUGAUCCAAAAUCAAAUGAACAAAGCUAGUAAUAAUUACUUAAAAGUUUUCUAUGAUAUUAUAUAAUGUAUUAAUAAAUGAAGAAUGUAUGAGUUAAUUUUU